AUGGCUGUAGGAUAUCAAUCUUUAGUUCAACAAGAGUACGCAAUGGAUGCUAACCAGAUACAGGAGUAUGAGUUGUUUCUUAAAACCCCCCCUGUUCAUCCUCUGCGUAUUGUUAGUUCUACAAAGGAUGGCAUUGUUAAAGACUUUAAGAAGAUCCUUACUGUUGAACAACUUGACAUGUUUAGGCAGACAUGUUUUGGGAUGUAUCUAGAUAUUCCAGAAUGCUCAUUUCAAGCACAAUUACAUCGUUGCUUGAUGACACUUGAAGUUGAUCAAGAUAAUCCUAAUGAAUUUUGGAUAUGUGCUAAUGGGUCUAUCCUGCGUUUCACUAUUGCUGAGUUUGCUCUGAUUACUGGGCUCAAGUGCACCGGUAAUGAAAAUGAUUUCCAGGUUGAUGAUAAUUCUAACAGUAGUUUGUUAGUCGAUUAUUUUUAUGGUGCGAAAAUUGUAAAGAAGGAGGACCUUAAUAAGUGCUUCCAUGAUAAGAGGUGGGGAAGUAACAAUGAAGAUGCUGUAAAGAUUGCGAUAUUGUACUUCAUAUACAAUUUUAUCUUCUCACAGCAGAAUGAUACUAUCCCUAUAAGAGAUUUUGUGAUUGUUGAUAAUGGGACAGACAAUCAGUUUCCAUGGGGAAAGAUAUCAUUCAAAGAAUUGAUGAGAACAUAUAGGCACAAAUUAAACUAUACAAAGCAAUUGUAUCGUCAAGCGGGAAUGCCAUAUGCUAUACAAGUCUCAUUUAGUAACAUUUCUCCGUCUCCAACUGAAUUGGCAGUCUAUGACCUAACUCAUGUAUCUGACAUUGCUCCAAAUCAAGUUGUCACUUCUGUUGUUCCUGAUGGAUUUGAGGAUUUUACUACUCCACCUCCAUCAAAUGUGUACAUGGUGUCUAAUUUGUCUGGAUCUUCAUCAGCGCAGCCGCAUAAGAAACAAAAGUUGGAUGGCACAUCACAUGCUGCUAAAUUUGACAAUCAUGAUAUGUGUAGUCAUACACCUGAAACAGUGAUCAGCGAGGGAAAAGAACCCUUAAUUAGUUCAGUUUUCGAUAAUCCUCACAAGUCCGCUGAAAAGGAGUGCACCACUUCUUAUCACGAGCUAACUCACAACAUCCAAGUGCAAAGUCCACAGUCCAAAAACACAGAAGAGGAUUACAGUUCCAGUCAAAAAGAGUUUUCUUUGCUUCGGAAGGAUAUCAACAACUUAAAGGAUAUGGUGGAAAAACAAUUUGUUGAUCUGCGUAUGUACAUGCAAGACAUGUUCAAAGUCAUAUUUGACGCUAUCAAAGAAAAGAAAAAUAUGGAGUAUAAGGGUCCAGGAAGUGCUAUUCAAAGUAGUGAUGGUGAUGGUUCACACAAUAAUGCAGUUCCAUACAAUACACAUGGUGAAGGUAAUGGCAGUGGUGACACAAAGAAAGCUACCAUAGAAGAAGUUCAGGGUGUCCACAUAUCAAAGGAUGAUCAUCAGGAUUACAUGGUUCAAUCUAAUGUAUCUGGUCGAACAAAAAAGGCUUUCACAGACGAGAUACAUCAAGCAGGUCAAUAUGAGGAAUUACAUGAAUCUGAUAAAGACGUGCCAGUUGCAUCAAAUUACAUACCUAUAAGCAAUUCAAAAGUUCGCAAAUCAACUUCACAGGAGCAAGAUCAGUUGGAGCCAAUCUGUGUACUCCCAUUGAGUGCAGUACUUUCAGAUACAAACACCAAUUUUGAAUUUUUUAUUAGUGACAGUGCCCUUUCAUCUCAGAUACCAGAAACCAAAAUUGUUGUACGUACAUCAACAGUGUUCACAGAGACGCCAGUUCAAAGGAAUAGGCUACCUGGAAGAUGA